GUGGCCCAUAAUGGCGGCGGGAGCGCGGAUGCCGGGGCCCGCGGCUCCGCAGCUUUGCUGCCGUUGCUGCUGUUGAGAAGCGGGGGCGACAGCGGUGCAGCCGGCGGGCGGGAAGGAUGGUGAGGUUUCUGUGGCCCGAGCGGCGGCUGAGGUUUGGCCGAAGGAGCCGGGCUGAGGUUUGGCUGAAGCCCCGUGUAUCUCGGAGCAGUCCCUGAGACAGCGCACGGACCGACUGGCAGACGGACGGACGGACCCCCGGAGGGCGACCCGAGAGACGGCCUUGCGGGGGGCCGCGCCGCGCCGGGCGACAUGCCGGGGCCGCCGGCGUUGCUGCUGCUGCCGCUACUGCUGCUCCUGGCCGGGGGUCGGGUCGGGGCCGCGCCACUUCCGCAAACAGGUGCAGGGGAGGCACCUGCUGCAGAAGUGCCCUCAUCAUUGGUCAUCCUGUCUGUGUGCAGCUUUGUGAUCCUAGUAGUGUUGAUUGCAACCUGCAUUUCCUGCUGCAAGGACCCUGAGAUAGACUUUAAGGAAUUUGAAGAUAAUUUUGAUGAUGAGAUCGAUUUUACACCACCAGCAGAAGACACGCCCUCUGUGCAAUCACCUGCCGAGGUCUUUACCCUGUCAGUUCCAACCAUUUCCCUCCCUGCCCGGUCACAGUUCCAGCCUUCUGUGGAAGGUUUAAAGUCACAAGUUGCCCGCCACAGCCUGAAUUACAUUCAGGAAAUUGGAAGUGGCUGGUUUGGAAAGGUCCUCCUUGGAGAGGUUUACACAGGUACCAGCAUAGCAAGAGUCAUUGUGAAGGAGUUGAAGGCCAGUGCAAGCCCAAAGGAACAAGAUACGUUCUUGAAAAAUGGAGAACCUUACUAUAUUCUUCAGCAUCCAAAUGUUCUUCAGUGUGCUGGACAAUGUGUAGAAGCAAUCCCCUAUCUUCUGGUGUUUGAAUUCUGUGACCUGGGUGAUCUGAAGGCUUACCUGCGCAACGAGCAUGAGCACAUGCGCGGUGACUCGCAGACCAUGCUGCUGCAGAGGAUGGCGUGUGAGAUCGCCGCGGGGCUGGCCGCCAUGCACAAGCUGCACUUCUUGCACAGUGACUUAGCUCUGAGGAAUUGUUUUCUGACCACCGACUUAAACGUGAAAGUAGGGGAUUAUGGAAUAGGAUUCAGCAGGUACAAGGAGGAUUACAUUGAGACGGAUGAUAAAAAAAUUGUCCCUCUUCGAUGGACUGCUCCAGAAUUAGUAACUAGCUUCCAAGACAGACUGCUCACUGCGGAUCAGACUAAGUACAGUAAUAUCUGGUCUCUGGGCGUGACACUUUGGGAGCUCUUUGACAAUGCUUCGCAGCCCUAUGCAAACCUGUCUGACCUGGAUGUUCUCAACCAAGUCAUCAGAGAGAGGGACACAAAACUCCCAAAGCCCCAGCUGGAGCAGUCAUUUUCUGAUCAAUGGUAUGAGGUGUUACAGCUCUGCUGGCUGUCCCCAGAUCAGAGGCCGGCGGCGGAGCAGGUACAUAGGCUGCUCAUGUGCCUACGGCUGCAGAGCCAGCAGGGCCCAGAGGUGGACUUCGAGCAGCAGUGGGCCGCCCUCAAGCCCAACACCAGCAGCACGUCCAGUAACGCCGCCUUCCCCAUCCUCGACCCCUUCGCCCGGGACCAGCUGGGGCGGGAGAUGGAGGAGGUACUCACGGUGACUGAAACAAGCCAGGGGCUGAGCUUUGAGUAUGUCUGGGAGGCUGCCAAGCACGACCAUUUUGAUGAACGUAGCCGGAGCCACGUGGAUGAAACUUUGUCCUACUCCAGCAUGUUCUUUCCGGUGGAUGUGUUUGAGAGUUCGCUCUCAGAUCCCGGGCCAGGAAAGCAAGACAGCAGUGGCCAGGAGGUCCCGCUCCGGGCCCCCGGGGUAGUGCCCGUGUUUGAUGCCCACAACCUUUCUGUGGGCAGCGAUUAUUAUAUCCAACUCGAAGAGAAAAGUGGCAGCAACCUGGAGCUCGAUUAUCCACCCGCUCUGCUCACAACAGAAAUGGAUAACUCCGAACGGCUGGGCGCUGAGGUGCCCCAGUUUAAGACUCUCAAGAGCAUGGAGUUUGAGGAGUCUAGUACCGACGAGGACUUUUUCCAGAGCAGCGCUGACCCCAAGGAUCUAGGCCUUGCUGAGGCCCCGCCUGCCCCCAGGACCCCUGAGAGUCCUCCCAACAGUCUCUUCAGUGAGGCCAGCACAGUGCAGCGAGUGCCCAGUCACCAGAAGCUCUUCGACCUCAUGGACCUAGACGGCGUACAGGCCGACGUGAGGCCGGCUUCCAUGGGCUCCCGCUGGCACGACCCCAAGGACAGGCCCCCGAAGCUGUUCGACCAGGAGCCUCUCUGCUCAUCAGAGGAUGUUCUAUACCAAGACCACUUUGACCCACUGAAUGUUGAUGAGCUGUCAGAGAACUUUCUGUUUCUUCAGGAGAGAAGUUUACUGAGAGACACAUGGCAUAGCGAGGUUCAGGGGGAUGAUCUCCAGACAGAGCUCAGGAAUGCGGGGUUCAUUGACACAGACUCCCCCAACAUAGAGCUCAGCUCGGCUGCCAGUACACCGGGCUUGCCAGGGUCACAGGAGCACGGAGGCUCCAAGGGUUGUGCUGCAGCUGGCGUCCAGGGUGGCACAUGGAGCCCCUCAGUGCCAUCUUCCCCGGAAGUGCAGGCACCCCUCACCUCCCUCACUGUGGAAGGAACCCCUCCUGGUGACUGCCCAGAUUCACUUCCACGGCCUGGAGCAACCCAGACUGCAUGCCCAGAUGUCAGUGUCCCCAAGGACUGCCUCUGUGAGGCCUUGGGGACUGCCCCAGGGGAGGCCCCCUUGCCUGAUGCCAAAUCCCACUGUGGAGACUGCACACCCCUAGACUCCACUUGCCAAAGCCAGGAGGCCUUGAGACCAACCAAAAUGGACUCCACUCCUGUGGGUGACAUCAUUGAGAUUCAGGGGAGCACAGGGAGCCAUCAUCCAGAGUUGGGACAUCAGCCACUUCCGGAAGAUGGUCACAUUGCCCGUGUGCUAGACAGAAACGUAGAAGCCAUUGAGACUUUGAAUCAGCUCAGCUACAAAGAUACCACAAAAGACACAGGCCUGGCUUCUGCCUCCGACUCCACCAGCCAAGACAGCCUCUUGGAAGACAGCUUGUCCACCCCGCUCCAAGCCUCUGAGCAGGCGGUGGAGACCCCAGACUCCUUAGACUCCAUGGAUGUCCAUGAAGCCCUACUGGAGUCUCUAGGCUCCCACACACCCCAGAAACACCUGCCCCCUGAUAAGCCAGCAGACAGUGGCUACGAAACUGAGAACCUGGAGUCCCCCGAGUGGACCCUGCACCCUGCCCCCGAGGCCCCCUUGGAUUCUGCCUCAGCUGCUGCCGGUGAUGGUAGUCCUAGCAGUCCUGGCAGUUUACCUCCCAACCCGGUGAUUGUCAUCUCAGAUGCGGGCGACGGCCCCCAGGAUGCGGAAGACACCUCGCAGACCUUUGCCUCUGGCGCCCAGAGUUCCUAUCGAGACUCUGCCUACUUCUCAGAUAACGACUCGGAGCCCGAUAAAAAGUCUGAAGAGGUCCCUGGAACCUCAGCCUCCACUUUGGCAGAGGGCCAGGCCCUGCCCGAGCCAGCCUCCCCAGAGAAUGGCCCCAGUGCCAACGACAGCUGUGGGGAGCCACAGAGGAGCCCACCAGAUCGAAGGUGGCCCCCCACUCUGCAACCCACCAGUCACCCAGAGUCAGAGGAGGUGGCAGAGCCGGCAGAGCCAGCGCCAGCCGAGGUUUCCAGACAGACCCAGGCUGCAGAGGACGAGGCCGGCAGCCCCUCGGGGCUGUGGACUGUGGAGCUGAGCAGCGGCGAUGACCUGGAGACUCCAGAAGAGCACCCCUGUACUCUGGCCUCCACGGGCACCAACACCAAUGAGCUCCUUGCCUUCACCAGUGCAAAUGCUGUGCUGGAAAGGGCCUUGCCCAGCCACACUGAGGGCCCCAAGCUCAAGGAGCCCGAUAUCGAAGGCAAAUACCUAGGCAAACUUGGGGUGUCUGGGAUGCUUGACCUCUCCGAGGACGGGAUGGAUGCGGACGAGGAGGAUGAGAACAGCGAGGACUCAGAUGACGACCUGCGGGCCUUCAACCUGCACAGCCUAAGCUCUGAGUCAGAAGACGAUAUAGAGCACCCGGUGCCCAUGAUCAUCAGCAACAGUGAGGACAGCCAGCACCUGCGCAGUUUACUGAAGCCCUCCGCAGCCGAGGGCGGGGGGCUGCCUGGUGGUGACGGCGGCAGCGGCAGCUGGAAGAAGGAAAAGAAGGCAGUGACAUUUUUUGAUGAUGUCACUGUCUACCUAUUUGACCAGGAGACUCCAACCAAAGAGCUGGGGCAGUGUGGAGGGGAAGCUCCCAGCCCUGGGCCCAGCAGCCCGGCCCCCACUUCAGGCUCACCCUACCUGAGCAGGUGCAUGAACUCUGAAAGCUCUACCGACGAAGAAGGUGGUGGCUUUGAAUGGGACGACGACUUCUCCCCAGAUCCUUUCCUGUCCAAGACAACCAGCAACCUCCUGGGCUCCAAGCCCACAUUGCAGCCCUCUAAGUACUUCUCCCCGCCGCCGCCUGCCCGAAGCGCUGAGCAGAGCUGGCCACACGUGUCGCCCUGCUCCAGGUUCUCCAUCUCCCCUGCCAACAUCGCCAGCUUCUCGCUCACACACCUCACAGACUCGGAUAUGGAGCAAGGAGGCAGCAGUGAAGAUGGAGAAAAGGACUAGGUGGCUGUGGAUGCCUGCAGAGGCCUGCAUGUCAGCUGACACCAUGACAUCUGCUGAGCAGCCAGCGAGGAGGACUUGGGACCAGUGCAGGGGGGCCAGCACCUCCUACCAUGCUGCCCCAAAUGGGCUCCCCACGUCCCACCCAUGUGACGCUUUGCCUAGGCAUGAGUGGCACAGAAAGCCGGGAAUGCUAACGAGUGAGCCAUAUUUAUUGUUUCUAAGGACGUCCCUUAUUGCUGUGUAGUGGAGCGCGUGCGCGCUGUGUGGCCCCGUGCCUCCUGCUGGGGCGCUGCUGGCCUGUCCCUGCUUAGUCCUUUGAUCCGCAUGGCGCUGUAAAGCUCCGGAGUCCCGAGCGCCUGCUGUCUUCAGAGCCGUCGGAAGUGGACAUAUGGUACUGAGGGGGGAUUCACUCUGGAUGUUAGCAUUUGAUGUCCUUAUAGGAAAUAUUUUUGAUGAGUUCCCCAGUUCUGCUGUUUUGUUAAUUGACUCCAGCGCCCUGUCCCCUCUCUGAAGCAGCUUCUGCCCCUUGCCAUGUUGCCAGCCCUCCUGGUGAAGAGCAGCAGCCGGCACGCCUAGACUGCUGCUGGCCCCGGGCCCUGCGUGCGGAGACAAGGCAGCCAUCAUGGCCCCUGUGCCUCCCCUCUGCCCCACACAGGCCCCCCUAGCCCUCACCACUGAGGUGGGUUCAUUCACUUUAGGCAACUAGGCCAGAGCUGGAUGUCCCCCUCUGAGGCAUUGGCCGUAGGAGGCAGGGCAAGGAUCCAUGGAGCCCUUCUCCCCAUGCAGGCCUGGCGUGCUCUGGAGCCUCCUCUCCCAUUCCCCACAGGGCAGGGUGGCCCUCACUAGGGCUCCCCUUGCACUCGGCUCCAGUGAAAGGAGUUCUCUGGAGGCUGAUGCAGUUGCAGCCCUGUGCCAAGUGGGCCCUGUGCCCACUGGGGUGGGUCCCCUCACAGGAGCCCUUCACCCAAAAUAUUCUCCGGUGCUGAGCCUCUUUCCAGAUUCCAGCAGGCCCCUGGGGUGACUCACGGCCCUCACGUGUGUGCUGUGCCUGGGAGAGCCCCGGUCUCGGUGCGGGUACAGGCCUGGUGGGUGCUCACGUGACCCUUGCUGCCACUUCUGUUUUGCUCCACUUGUUUCUUUUAUACUAAGCAAUAACCUUGCAGAGCAAGGAAAUUGAGAAUGGGGGUGGGGGCCCAGGCCGGGCCGGGCCCACAGGGCCUUGUGAGAAACCACGUUUGGAGACGAUGUUGCCAAAACUGUCAUCUCUCUCCAUUUCUGGCUGCAGAUUUCCCGACUUUUUUUUUUUUUUUUGAAUCUUUACCUCUGCCAGUCAUCGUUGAGAGAGAUGAGAGAAGUUUUCAGAAGAUAGGUUUAAAGAGCCAGCUGGAGAAUUCACAAGCUCCGUUGUCUAUCCAAUCAGUCCAGGAUGCAUUUACUGAUACUAUAGGACUGUGCAGUUUUCAUCAUGUUAAGGAAAUUUUAACCUCGUAAUUCUCCUUUUCAUUUAAUGAUUACCCUUUACACAAUUGCCAAAAUAAA